UGUCACUUCCUGAUUCCCGCUUCCUGCUUCCCAGAGGCUGGGAUCCGGAGCCGCCCGAGGCCGGUGCCGCAGUCCCCGGCGCCCCCGACAUGUCCUUCCGAAAGGUGGUUCGGCAGAGCAAAUUCCGGCAUGUGUUCGGGCAGCCGGUCAAGAAUGACCAGUGUUAUGAAGACAUUCGAGUGUCCCGUGUCACCUGGGACAGCACCUUCUGCGCAGUCAACCCCAAGUUCCUGGCGGUGAUUGUGGAGGCCAGCGGUGGGGGCGCCUUCCUGGUGCUCCCCCUCAGCAAGACGGGCCGCAUUGACAAGGCCUACCCGACAGUGUGUGGGCACACGGGCCCUGUCCUGGACAUCGACUGGUGUCCCCACAACGACGAAGUCAUUGCCAGUGGCUCAGAGGACUGCACGGUCAUGGUGUGGCAGAUCCCAGAGAACGGGCUGGUCUCCCCGCUGACGGAGCCGGUGGUGGUGCUGGAGGGUCACACCAAGCGCGUGGGCAUCGUUACCUGGCACCCGACGGCCCGCAACGUGCUGCUCAGCGCAGGCUGUGACAACGUGGUGGUCAUCUGGAACGUGGGCACGGCGGAGGAGCUGUACCGCCUGGACAGCCUGCACCCCGACCUCAUCUACAACGUCAGCUGGAACCGCAAUGGCAGCCUCUUCUGCUCCGCGUGCAAGGACAAGAGCGUGCGCAUCAUCGACCCCCGCCGGGGCACCUUGGUGGCGGAGCGGGAGAGGGCUCACGAAGGGGCUCGGCCCAUGCGGGCCAUCUUUCUGGCCGAUGGCAAGGUGUUCACCACAGGCUUCAGCCGCAUGAGCGAGCGGCAGCUGGCGCUCUGGGACCCGGCAAACCUCGAAGAACCCAUGGCCCUGCAGGAGCUGGAUUCAAGCAACGGGGCCCUGUUGCCCUUUUAUGACCCUGACACCAGUGUGGUCUACGUGUGCGGCAAGGGUGACUCCAGCAUCCGGUACUUUGAGAUCACAGACGAGUCCCCUUACAUCCACUUCCUGAACACGUUCACCAGCAAAGAGCCCCAGAGGGGCAUGGGCAGCAUGCCCAAGCGGGGCCUGGAGGUCAGCAAGUGCGAGAUCGCCCGGUUCUAUAAACUGCAUGAGCGCAAGUGUGAGCCCAUUGUCAUGACUGUGCCAAGAAAGUCGGACCUCUUCCAGGAUGAUCUGUACCCUGACACGGCAGGGCCCGAGGCGGCCCUGGAGGCGGAGGAGUGGGUGAGCGGGCGGGAUGCAGACCCCAUCCUCAUCUCCCUGCGGGAGGCCUACGUGCCCAGCAAACAUCGGGACCUGAAGGUCAGCCGGCGCAACGUGCUAUCUGACAGCCGGCCUGCCGCGGCCCCUGGCUCCACUCGCCCGGGGGCCUCCAUACCUGCAGCCUCCACCAAUACGACCGCCCCCAGCAGCAGCAUCGCCGGAGCUGGGGAGGCUGGCAAGCUGGAGGAGGUGAUGCAGGAGCUGCGGGCACUCAGAGCACUGGUCAAGGAGCAAGGGGAGCGGAUUGGCCGCCUGGAGGAGCAGCUGGGCCGCAUGGAGAAUGGGGACGCAUAGGACCACAGGCCACAGGCCGAACGGAUGCCAUUCCCACCUCACCUCCUCCUCCUCCUCUACCCCCUCCUCACUCAGCCUCUGCUAUCAGGUCACACUGCUGGCUGGCUGUCCCCUGCCCCCUGCUGAGGGCCUCUGGGGCAGGUUCAAGGGCCAGUCCACACCCUGACCCAUCCUGUGGCCCAGGCUGGAGCUGCCUGGCUUUUGUCAUUGUUACUGUGGAGCAUUUUUGUACCAACACAAGCUUAUACUCUGAGGGACCAUCUCCCCACUCCUACCCAGCCCCCGCUCCCUCCUUGGAGGAGUAGGAGGGAUGGGCUCUAUAUUUUCAUUCCAAAUAAAAUUCUCUUUCUAAAAGCCA